CUCUGUCUGCUGCGAUCAGUGAACCGGGACUGAGCCGCACGUUGUAUCUGUGAAGAAUGUCUUCUCAGGGUGAAGCUGCGUACCUGUUAUCAGCACUCAGGCAUACAAGUACAUCUGUAAUUCUGCUCACCUCUCUGUACUAGUCCCUUCUGCCUCCUGAUUUGUCAGUACCCCGGUCUAGCUCUCAACUUCCUCUUGCAAGUUAAAGUGACCACCAAACUGAAUCUGAAGUAAGAGCCCUGAAACCAAAGCCUGCUAACUUUUAAAUUGACUUGCACACAAAACCUCAAGAAGAUGGAGUGUCUGCCUCACUCAGAGUCUCCGAAUUAGUCACUGAAGAGCUCUUCAUGCAAGACGCAGGCUGGCUGCCCCAAGCCACACAGGGCUCCCAGCUGUGGACAGUGCUUUGGGGGGCUAACUUCAAGAGCCCGAACGUCCAGAGAAGCGCCGGCCGCAUCCCUCUCCAAAGACCUGAAGGAAGUCUUCUGUUGCCUUUGGGGUUCAGUUUGGUUGCGAGCAGCUGGCGUCCUUCCCCAGGGAGAGCUGAUGCACGUGUCCCCUCUGCUGCUGCUCUUCUUAGAGUAAGAUGAAGGUGUCGCUGACUCUGCCUCUGGUGCUGAUGUUGCUGGAGAGAUGCGGCGGGUCGGCUGGCUGGGUGUUCACGCAGCCUCGGCUCCAAGCCCGCUCCGGGGACUCUGUCCUGCUGCAGUGCCGCUUCCUAGCCUCGGUGGCUGAGGGCUGGACCGUGUUCAAAGUGGACUGGCUGCGCGUGCCGGGAGCUGGCAGGCAGAAGGAGGAGACGGUGUUUUACUACUACAGCAACCACGGCGUCCCUGUGGGCCGUUUCCGGGAGCGGGCGCAGUGGCAGGGGGACAUCUCCCGCUGGGAUGGCUCCAUCCAGCUGCAAGGCGUGCAGGUGAACGACAGCGGCACGUACGUGUGCGAGAUCCGGCUGCUGCAGCAGAGCAGCAUCUUCAAGAACCACACGGAGCUGCACGUCAGCCCCGCGGCACGCAGAGCAGGACAAGGAACGAUGGGCGCCCAGGACUCUGCGGCCCCGGGCAGCACUGGAUUUUGGAGCAUGGUUGUGGGCUGUUGCUGCGUGGCCGUCGUGCUGGCCUUCCUGGCAGGACUCUGCCUGAGGAAGAGGUCUGCAGCCAGCGCUGCCCUGGAGAGGACUAGAGACGGCGGCAGCGAGAGCAAAGCGGAGGAAGGAUUUUACUCCUCGAUCCCUGGAGCUGGGGCACCCAAGGCCGAGCAGGACGCAGGGAAGAAAAGCCGAGCUGAGGAGACCUACAUCACCAUGCACCCCUCUUUCUUCCGCGAGAACGGCGUUUACGUGGAGCUGACGCGGAGGGUGAUCCCGGCGGAGUGGACGGAAGGGAAGAGACAGGCUGAUGGGGAAAGCAAGCAACCCGAAGACAGGCCGCCGGCGGCACCCCCCUGCGCUCCGGAGGCGGGGAGCCGCCCUGCUGCGGCGUGUAAGCCCUGUCCCCAGGAGGUGCGUGCAGGGCAUCCCUGUUCCUCGGGGCAGGCCAGCAACGUGCUGCCGCCAGCCCUUCCCUAAGACCUGGUGUCACCUCGCUGUUCGCUCCCGGCCGGAGCUGCUCCUGGGGCAUGUCCCAUCCCCGUCAUCUGCAGGGGGACCAAGGGCGCUGUCCCUGGCUUUCCUCCCUCGGUGCCCGGAGCGGGGGCACAGCCUCUGCUCUCCAGCUUUGAUCCUGGUCCAUGCAGCUCCGCGUCCUGUGGAAACCAUCCCCAAGGAGAGCCUGGGAGGGGAGAGGGGGGGAGAUGCCGCAGCACCAGUGCGGAUGUGAAGAUAAUAAAACUCCCGUGAAGCCAUGGGAGU